ACAUUUCCCUGCCCCCGGUUGUUGCUUUUUUUUUCUUUACGUGAUCUUUUGACUCGGUAUCAGCGGCUCGUGGAAACAUUUACCGGCGAGCUUUCACCGACUGAAGAGUCACCGAACCAACUCGGAUCAUUUAUGGCAUCGAAACCGAAACUCCACUGCAAAGUUUCCCGGAUGCCGGCGGCGCUGAGCGGUCUGAAGACAUGUCAGCAGGCCCAGGACCAGCUGGAGGACGCCAUCAGCAGCGUGAUGAAGGCGGAGCAGCAGCUGAGAGACAACGGCAGAGAGGUGCGUCUGGAGCUGCAGAGCUGUGUGAGCCGCCAGCAGGAGGCGCUGCGCUGCAGGGAGGUUUGGCUGCUGGGUCAGAUUGAGCUGCUGGAGCAGGUCAACACUGAAACUCUGCAGCAGCAACUGCACCAGCUGUACCAGCUCAGAGGUCAGUUCGAUGUGAUCGCCCAUCAUCUCCAGAAUUCCAACAGCAGCAACGACCUGAACAACCAGCUGACCAGCUGCAUGGAGAAGUUGUCCUCUCUGAGCCUCACACCAGAGGAAACGCCUGAGAUGCGUUUCCAUGCCGACGCCCGCUCCCUGCGACAGGCCAUCACCUCUUUCGGGAGCAUCACGUCUCAGCUGGAGGGCGUGUCCUUUCAAAGCCCCACCCACCACAGAGCCCAGGUGCAGCACUGUCCAAUCACAGCCCAGAAGCAGACGAUGGAGGGUGGAGGUCUGGGCGACUGGCUGCUGGGGCCCCGCCCAGUAAACAGCUGCGCUCCUAUUGGCUACCAGUCCAGCAAGAACCCGGAGGAUUGGCUGCUGCAGCAGGAGAACAAGACUUCCUGUCCCGCCCUCCUGUCGGUGGACUUCCUGUCAGCGUGGGGACAGCUGAGAGACCUGGAGGCGUGGCUUCUGCAGGAGACGCCAGCUGUGCGAGGGCGGACCACUAGCACCUGCAGCUCCGCCUUCUCCAUCGAGAAGAUUGACGAAUCAGAGUUCACCACCUCUGAGGAGGAGGACGGGGAGCUGAGCGACUGGCUCAUCACCCCGCCCACCGCUGCCAUGGAGACUGUGUCUGAUGCUGAGCGCUGGCGCCGGGUGCUGAAGCCGUUUGAGGAUGACUGGUCAUCCAGCGAGUGGCUGUUGGAGGGCAGCCGGCCAGACUGCACCUCCUGCUGCCAGACCAACCGCGCCCUGGAGAUCGAGAACCUCGGCCAACUGAAGUGCCUGAAGACCCAGCCCGCCUCUCCAAUGCCCGACUCCCCAGCGCCAGCACCGACCCUGGAGGCGUGGCUGCAGCAGGCGGCGCCACUGCAGCAGACCUGCAGGGCCAAUGAGACGUGCUCCGCCUACUCCGAGUGUGUCUGCGACGAGAACUGUGGCCGGGAGGCGCUGAGCCGCUGGCUGCUGCAGCAAGACGGCCGUGACAAGAACGGAGUCCCUGUGGCCAAGAACGACCCGCCCACAGUCAAGAACGCCCCGCCCAGCCCGUGCCACAGAGAGCAGGAGCAGAAGGUGCAGGGCAUCCUGGAGGCGUGGCUUCACCCCACCUCCACCUGCAAGGCUCCUCUCAGCUCCUCCCUUUCCGGCUGGGUGUCGCCUGAGGACGCCGUCAGGAAGCCUUCGUCCUCCAUGUUCCAGCAGCCCCUGGAUCCAGAUCUCUGGGUUCUCCCGGUGAAGAACCCGCUACCUGCUGUGGAGGAGGAGGACAAAUGGCUGCUGAGGAAGAGGAGCCAGGCUCAGGAGCGCCUGGUGCUGCCCAUGAUGUGCGACCUGUUCUCCUGCAUGAAGGUGGGUGGAGACAAAGACAAAUGGCUGCACAGAGCUCCUGUCCAGAUGUGAUGGAGAAGAUGAACGCUGAGUCACUUUACCGCUGAUCUCACACACACACACACACACACACACACACACACACCACACCACACCACACCACACCACACCACACACACACCACACCACACCACACACAGAUUGUGACAUCAUCGCUGCCAUGACAUCAGUAGGACAGCUCCAGGUGUUCUGGGUGUCUCUGUGAUGAAGAUGGUGAUGGAAGUUGACAGCUCUGGAUCUCUGAGUGUUUCCACUAAAACUUAAUCAAUAAUCUAAUCAAUACUCAGUUUCACCUGUUGGGAAAUAACUGAUGUAGGAGGUUUCAGUGUCUGAGGCCUGAGUGAUGGACGUGUGGGUGGAGUCUGAGUGCUGGGGGUGGGGCUAUAUAGCAUGCUAUAUAUGGGUGGUUCAAUGUAAGUGGGCGGGGCCACAUGUAUCAGAUAAUAAACUUUAUUUUAAUGAUGUGAUUUUAUGAGCAAAUCUUUGUUUUUCGCUUUCUAUUGCGAGGUUUCUCUUCCACAGCCGAUACGUGUUUUCAGUGGAGUCCUGAAAACAUGUAUCUGACUUUGAGAAGGAACUUCAUUUCCCAGAAGUCCUUGUGUGUAGGCAGCCUGCAGGCCAGUCACAUGACACUGUGGUCUGCAGUGAUUGGUGCUUUUUAUUGAAGCGCUGCAAGGGAGGGGAGUGGCUUUGAUAUGUAGAGCUGUGAUGUCAUCAUUUUCCUGCUGUGAUUUUCUACAGUAAUAAAAUAUUCUGACAUCA